GUUAUCAGUUCUGUGGUCUUCAUCAAACCAAAAACAUAACUUCUUCUAACUCAACGUAACAAUGAAAUUCCUGGCUCUUGGUUCAUUUUUGGCUUUGUCCGGUUUGGCUGCUGCUGGACAUUUGCAUCAUGGGCACUCGGGCUAUUCGGUUGUGACUAAACAUGAACCUGCCCAUUAUCAUGGCUGGUCCCAUGGACAUGGUGGUGACAGUCAUAGUUUAUCUGCUGGUCAUGGUUAUGAGAGCCACGGCCAUGGCUGGGAGAGUCAUCAGGAGAGUCACAGCUUGUCCAGUGAUUCCCAUGAUGCUGGCCAUGGCCACGAGUGGCAACAUGAUGAGCACUAUGAUGAAUAUGCCCAUCCUAAAUAUGAAUUUAAAUAUGGUGUAAAGGACCCCAAAACCGGUGAUGUCAAGGAUCAAUGGGAACACAGGGAUGGCGAUCAGGUUAAGGGUGGCUACACUCUGAAGGAAGCCGAUGGCACCACUCGCAUUGUGGAAUAUCAUGCCGAUAAACAUAAUGGUUUCAAUGCUGUGGUCAAGAAUGUUGGUCACCCUCAUCACGAAGAAGCUCAUCAUGUUGAGCAUGGUCACAGCCACCAUGGGUGGUAAAUGUAAACCGCGAUAGACGAAAUACGAUGAAUUGCUUAAAAAAUAGAUUAAUGAUAAUCCUUUGUGAAAUGUGAUACACUGUAAAUAUAUAAUAAAGAAUUAUUUUGAAAUAUUA